CGGUUGAAUUAAUACAUGAUCAUUUCUUCCUCUGCGCAGAUCAACGACUAUUAUUGGUGUAAUUCGGGCACAGGCACCAACGACUGCAACAUCAAUUGUGAUAAACUGAAGGACAACGAUAUUGCGGACGACGUCAAAUGCGCCAAGAAGAUUUUUGCGCGCCACGGCUUCAACGACGCCUGGAACGGCUGGAAGAACAACUGUAAAGGCAAGAACUUGUCCUCCUACACCAGUGGCUGCAACCUAACUUGCUGAGCGCCCCUGCUUCGUAAACUGAUGGAUCUUCCUGCGCGAUGAUCGGCAUUUAAUGAUUUAGUUCAAUUUAUUUAACAUAUUUAUUCCAAUUAUAAUUGUGUGCAUUCUGCCUCUACAGCGCAUGCUCAAUGCGCUAACUUGACAUUUUAACGCUAUUUGAUCAUAUUUAUUUGUCCCAAUAUUGACUGAUUUAUGAAUUGCUCUGUAAUCUCUAUAUCAUAUGUGUUUUUGUAUCAUAAUAUAAACCCAGGG